AUGUACCUCCAGUGGGACUGGCUGUGCUUGGGUGUCCUGAUAAUUGGCUCAGUGACUGCAGAAAUUGAAAACAAAGAAACUCUGGAUGCCAGUGUUGAAGUAGAGGAUUUUGACAAGCAGUCUCAAGAAGCUGAUGUUGAUGGAGAUAAAUCUUCCUUAGAGGUUGUGUACCAGACUCCAAAGCCAACUGGGGAAGUUUAUUUUACAGCAACCUUUGAUGGAGUAUUGGCUGGGUGGGUGUUGUCUAAAACCAAGAAAGAAGACACAGAUGUAAACAUUGCUAAAUAUGAUGGAAAAUGGGAAGUAGAAGAGCUGAAAGAAAACACAGUGCCUGGAGACAGAGGAUUGGUGUUAAAGUCAGUCGCAAAGCACCAUGCAAUAUCAGCUAUGCUAACAAAGGAAUUUAUUUUUGAUGAUAAACCUUUGAUUGUCCAGUAUGAAGUGAAUUUUCAAGAAGGCAUUGACUGUGGUGGUGCAUAUAUUAAACUUCUUUCCAGCAGCAAUGACUUGAAUCUGGAAUACUUUUUUGACAAAACACCUUAUACUAUUAUGUUUGGACCAGAUAAAUGUGGAGAAGAUUACAAACUACACUUUAUCUUCAGACAUAAGAAUCCUAAAACUGGAGAAUAUGAUGAAAAGCAUGCAAAACGUCCUGACGUGGACCUAAAGAAAUUAUAUUUGGACAAGAAGACGCAUCUGUAUACUCUUGUGCUAAAACCAGAUGAUACAUUUGAAAUUUUAAUUGACCAACUGGUUGUCAGUAAAGGAAGUCUUCUUGAGGAUAUGAUUCCUCCAGUAAACCCUCAGAAAGAAAUAGACGAUCCUAGUGAUAAGAAGCCUGAUGAUUGGGAUGAGAGACCAAAAAUACCUGAUCCAAAUGCUGUCAAACCAGAUGACUGGGAUGAAGACGAGCCUUCCAAAAUAGAAGAUCCUGAUGCUGUAAAACCUGAGGGAUGGCUUGAUGAUGAACCACAGUAUGUUCCAGACCCUAAUGGAAAAAAACCAAAGGACUGGGAUGAAGAAAUGGAUGGGGAGUGGGAAGCCCCUCAGAUCCCUAAUCCGAAGUGUGAAGCUGUGCCUGGUUGCGGACACUGGGUGCGUCCCAUGAAGAAUAACCCAAACUAUAAAGGAAAAUGGAAAGCACCUUUGAUAGAUAAUCCAAACUAUCAGGGUAUCUGGAGCCCUCGGAAAAUACCAAACCCAGACUAUUUUGAAGAUAGUCACCCAUUCAAGAUGACUGCUGUCAGUGCUAUUGGUUUAGAACUCUGGUCUAUGACGUCUGAUAUCUAUUUUGAUAACUUCAUUAUAUGUUCAGAAAAAGAAGUAGCAGAUCGCUGGGCAGCAGAUGGCUGGGGCUUGAAGAAAUUAGUAGCAAGUGCUAAUGAGCCUGGCAUGUUUAGUCAGCUGGUGACUGCUGCAGAAGACCACCCAUGGCUCUGGGUUCUUUACAUCUUGACUUUAGCUCUCCCUGUUGGUCUAGGAGUGUUGUUCUGCUGGCCAACAAAGAAAACAGAUGAAGAUAUUGACUUCAAAAAACCUGAUAUAUCUAAGCCAAUUACAAAGGGAGAACUAGACCAAGAGGGAGAGGAGUUAGAUGAUGAUGAAAUAGAAUUAGAAGAAGAAAAAGAAAAUGAAGAUACUGCUGAAGAUGGUAAGAUGAGCAAGCCAGCUUGCAAAGAUGAGGGUGAAAAAGAAGAAAAUGACAUUGCCGAUACAAGUCAAGAAGAAGGCGAUAAGUCAAAUAAAUCUGGUUCAGAAGAUGAGAUGAAAGAAGCUAACGAAGACACAGGUUAUGGAGAUGGUCCACUGAAAUCAGUGCGCAAAAGAAGAAUACGGAAGGACUAA